AUGCAGCGUAAUUGUUUGGAGCCUUGUAACUUUUUCGGUCCUCUUGCAGCCCCAGUUCUUCAACAUCUGACAAAAGAUGACUUGAGCAAGAUAUACUUCGGAGAAUUCCGAAUGUUAGAUGUCAAUGGUGCACACUGCUUCAUCACUAGAACUGGGUACACUGGUGAGGAUGGAUUUGAGAUCUCAGCCCCAUCAGAGAAUGCUGUGGAACUUGCCAAAGCAAUCUUGGAGAAAUCGGAAGGGAAGGUAAGGUUGACGGGGCUUGGUGCGAGAGACAGUCUUCGACUAGAAGCCGGGCUAUGCUUAUACGGAAAUGACAUGGAACAGCACAUAACACCUGUUGAGGCCGGACUUACAUGGGCCAUAGGGAAGAGAAGGAGGGCAGAAGGUGGCUUUUUGGGCGCUGAAGUAAUCCUCAAACAACUUGAAGAAGGUCCAAAAAUCAGGCGUGUAGGAUUCAUCUCCACAGGGCCGCCUCCAAGAUCCCACAGUGAGAUUCAAGAUGAGAAAGGAGAAAACAUUGGAGAAAUCACCAGUGGAGGAUUCAGUCCCUGCCUGAAGAAGAACAUAGCUAUGGGGUACGUGAAAUCUGGGCUGCACAAGGCAGGCACCAAAGUCAAGAUUGUUGUCCGAGGAAAGGCCUAUGAUGGAACUGUCACAAAAAUGCCAUUUGUACCCACAAAAUACUACAAGCCAUCUUAAUUUCUUGGUGCUUCAUCUUCAUGAAUUAUUUCUUUUUCUAAUGGAUUUCCUCCUUUGAGCUUGUAUUAAACUUGCCGGGUUCAGUAAAUGCUAAUUUCAUCUCCCUUUACAGAAUAUA